AUGGAUUUGAAUCAAAAACAACAAUUAUUUACAUCAAAAACUAUUUUGGCACCAAUGGUAAAGGCUGGAAGAACACCUCUACGCAUUCUUGCAUUAGAAUAUGGAGCUGAUCUUGUUUAUACUGAGGAAAUUGUUGAUCAACGACUUCUAAGCUGCAAACGGAUCGAAAAUGAGUCCCUUGAUACAAUUGAUUAUAUGAAUGGCGAUGAUGUUGUUUUAAGAAUUGCUGCAGUUGAAAAAGAAAAAUGUGUUUUACAAAUUGUAAGGUUUUUAUUUUUUUUUAAAUUCAAGAAAUUUCAGGGUUCAAAUUCUCCAGAAAAUGCUGCUGAAAUUUGUCGUCGAUUUUCUAGUGAAUGUAUGGCAAUUGAUUUAAAUAUGGGAUGUCCAAAACCUUUUUCUGUUCAUUCUGGAAUGGGUGCUGCUUUGUUGAGUGAUCCUGUUAGAGCUAAAGAGAUUUUAACUGCAAUGGUUGCUGCUGCUCCUUCUAUACCUAUUACUUGCAAAAUUCGUCUAUUAGAUUCGCCUGACAAAACUAUGGAAUUCGUCAAAAUGCUCGAAAGUUGUGGUCUUUCAGCAAUUGCUAUUCAUGGCCGUCAACGCAAUGAACGCCCAAAUAAUGAAUGUCGUUAUAAUGAAUUGAGGGAUAUUUCUCGUUAUUGUUCAACUCCAGUAAUUGCAAAUGGAGGCUCUUCAGAUAUUCAAACAUUUAAAAAUAUUGAAGAAUUCAAAGAAUUAACAGAAGCAAAAAGUGUAAUGAUUGCAAGGUCAGCAUUUACAAAUCCUUCAAUAUUUUGUGAAAAUGGAUUGAAUUCAAUGCCUGUUGAAAUUUCAAAAUUUUUAGAAAAGGCCAGCCAAUUUGACGAGAACUAUACUGCUGCAAAAUAUGUUGUGCAAAGGAUAUUGGGCAGCCAACAAGAAUUUGAUCCAAAAGGAAAGGCUACAGUUAAUGCAUCAACUCUAAAUGAAAUCUGCUCGAUUUGGGGAGUUACUGAUCAAAGGAAAAGUAUACACGAACAACAAUUACCCCAAGAAAAUCAAAUUGAAGUUAUUGAAAAAGUUGGUGGUGGAUUAAUUACUUUUGUUCUUUUGAAUGAUGUUUGGAUGGCAAAUUUGAGUUUUGCUCCCGCUAGACUAAAACGAGGAGUUGAAGGCGCAUCAACACCCAAAUGCAUUCUGCACAAUUAUUGUCGAGAGAAGUUACUAGCAGAGCCUUUAUAUAAUUCGACAAAAAGAAUAGAAGAUGGACGUUUUACAGCAAUUUGUUCUGUGGCAAAUAAAAAAUUUUCUUCUCCAAUAUCGCAACCAAAUAUUCGAAUGGCCGAACAGGUCUCAGCAUUAGUCGCACUUUAUGGUCUAAAAAGUAGGCAUAAAUUAAAGGGGAAUUGGGAAGAUUAA